UCUUCUGCUAACUAGCAGUUAGCCAUGGAUACACUAAAGUUUCAGAUUCUGCUCUUAUGGAUGUGUGGAGGACAGGCACAGCACAGCCUGCAGAAAACAUACAGAGAUGCAGCAGAGCUGAGCUCCUGCGACUUUAACAACAACACCGAACCAUUCUGCAAGUUCCUUCAGGAUGGCACAGACAACGGUGACUGGACCCGACAGAGAGGUCCCACCCCAACACCUGGCACUGGCCCCAGUGGAGACUACCCUGAUGGAAAGGGCUUCUAUAUCUACCAUGAGUGUGACAAUGUGCCUGAUCUGAAUAAAGUUCGUCUGCUGAGCCCUGCCCUCUCAUCAUCGGCCUCUCAGAUCUGCGUCCAGUUUCGAUACUACAUGUAUGGCUCGGACAGCGCAAAUGUGUUUAGGGUUCUGGCUAGGAGCCUCAGCAGUGAGGAGGAGGUCUGGAAAAGGACAGGUAUCCAGAGUCCAUCCUGGCUAAAGGGCUCUGUCACCGUGUCCAAACCCAGCAGUGAGAGCGUUACCAUUGUGUUUGAGGCUCAGAGAGGCUUCACUAGUUCCUGUGACACCGCUCUGGACAACAUCAUCAUCACUGAAGGAGCAUGUCCCUCUUGUGUUUCUGGCUGCGAUUUUGACACGGGCGACCUAUGUGGGUGGACGAGUCAUACUGAGGAUCCUGCCUUUUUUGGCUUUGAGCUGUGGACCGGAAAUACGGACACUGAAGGGACUGGCCCGGAUGAUGACUUCUCCAAACCUGGAUUGGGCUCCUACAUGUUGAUGGAUUCUAUUGAGGCUGUCCCUGGAGUAAAGUCACAGCUCAGAAGUCCUGUAAUAACCCCCACGUCUGGAUGUCUGGACCUCUCCUUCCACUACUACCUGUACGGCACCAGCACCACUAUGGAGCUCAGCGUUCACACCAUCACUCCAGGUGGAAGCCUUGGACCUGCUCUCUUCACUGUGAGGGGGAACCAGGGUCCGGGCUGGAAGCCUGCAGAGGCCCAGUACUUGGGAACUGCUGCCAUUCAGUUUGUGAUUGUGGGCACCUUUGGAGAAACUCCUGAGACAGAUAUUGCUGUUGAUGCUGUGUGUGUCACUGCUUGCAAAGCUCAGCCAACAACUCCUCUUCCACCAAUAACAACUCCAACAACACCAAAACCAACAACUCCAGGACCAUCAACUCCUGGGCCAUCCACUCCUAAACCAUCAACUCCUGGGCCAUCUACGCCUAAACCAUCAACUCCUGGGCCAACAACACCUAAACCAUCAACUCCAGGGCCAUCCACGCCUAAACCAUCAACUCCAGGGCCAUCCACGCCUAAACCAUCAACUCCUGGCCCAACCACGCCUAAACCAUCAACUCCUGGGCCAUCCACGCCAAAACAUCAACCUGGGCGCACAACACCUAAACCAUCAACUCCAGGGCCAUCCACACCUAAACCAUCAAAACCUUGCCCUCCUGAUGCAGAUUACAUAGAAUGUGGCCCAGCUUGUAUCCCCACCUGUAUGGAACCCUCCACCAACUGUUCUGGCUCCUGUAUCAGUGGCUGUUUCUGCAAACCAGGGUUUGUCUUCAAAGGAAAGCGCUGUGUGCCACUGGAGAAAUGUGGCUGUCUGGACGACCAGAAUAACUACUAUGAGCCUGGCGAGAUCAUAUUUGGAGAUGGCUGCUCAAAGCUGUGUCGUUGUGCAGGGAAUUAUACUUUGGAAUGUGUUGAUAACUCCUGUGACCCUACUGAAGAGUGCCGCAAUGUCAAUGGUGUUUCAGGCUGCUAUCCUAAAGGUACAUCCACAUGCGUAGCGACUGGUGAUCCUCACUAUACCACCUUUGACAAACUCAACUACAACUUCAUGGGCAACUGCAGCUAUUUGAUGUCUGGACCCUGCAAUACAACGACUCUGCCAUUCUUCGAGGUCCAUGCCGACAAUGAACAUCGCUUUAACACGCCCACCAUCUCCUAUCUGAAGGCCGUACAUGUGUAUGUGCGCAUGUUGAAGAUCUCCAUCCUCAAAGGUGGCACUGUGCAGUUGAAUGGGACCAAUGUAAACCUGCCAGUGUCUCCGGCCCCUGGUGUGUCUGUGUUCAUGUCAGGAAAGUUCUACACUGUAUCCAUGGACUUUGGAGUGACUGUUCGUUACGAUGGAAACCACUACAUGGACAUCAAAGUGAUCAAAGACUAUGAGAACCAGCUGUGUGGCCUGUGUGGAGAUUAUGAUGGAGAUGCCAAAGAUGACUUCCGUAAACCAGAUGGAUCGUUGACCAACAAUGCCAAUGACUUUGGACACAGCUGGAACACCGAUUCAGAGUGUAAUAAGAAACCCAACACCACCAUUCCUGAGUGUGAUGGAGAGCAAGAACUGUAUGAGAGCUCUGGAUACUGUGGCAUCCUGCUGGACAAAAAGGGUCCCUUCGCUGUGUGCCACUCCAAAGUCAACCCAAAUCAUUACUUCAAGGACUGUGUCUUUGACCUGUGUGAGCUGGAUGGAGCCAAGCCCGUUCUGUGUGAAGCCAUAGAAGCCUACGUCAACGACUGCCAGGACCGCGGGGUGAACAUUGGACCCUGGAGGAAUAACACUUUCUGCCCUCUGGACUGUGGUCCAAACAGCCACUAUGAGCCCUGUGCAGACCCCUGUCAGGAGACGUGUACUGGGAAACCUUCCUCCUGUGGUGGGCCUUGCUCUGAAAGCUGUGUGUGUGAUCCUGGCUACGUCCUGAGUGCCGGCAAGUGCAUCAGGAAGAGUUCUUGUGGCUGCAACUACAACGGCCAGUAUUAUGAGUCUGGAGACGAGUUUUAUCAGGCGGACUGUAUGUUGAAGUGUAAGUGUGAUGCACCCUUCGUUACCUGUGUGGCCUCUGAAUGCCCCCCAAUGCAAGAGUGUAAACAUCAGAAUGGAGAGCUGGGCUGCUAUCCCACCAGCUCUCAGGACUGUGUGGUGUCUGGAGAUCCUCACUACAAUACAUUUGACAAAAAGUUCUUCAGCUUUAUGGGAACAUGUACCUACACUCUGGCCAGGAGCUGCAAGAACCGCACAGGUCCCUGGUUCUCGGUGGAGGGGAAGAAUGAGGAGAGAGGAAUGCCAGGCUUGUCCUACCUGAGAAAACUCUACGUGACUGUGAACGGGAUCACUGUGACCCUGAUGAAGGCCAGGAAGACGCUGGUGAACGGACUGCGAGUGGCCCUCCCUAACUCCCCCUCCCCUCUCAUCUCUCUCAGUCUGGCCGGCCAGUACAUCACCCUGCAGACGCCCUUCGGCCUCCGGGUGCGCUGGGACGGGAACCAUUACGCCCAGAUCUCAGUUUCCAGCUCCUACUACAACCAGACGUGCGGCCUCUGCGGCGACUACGACGGAAACCCGAAUAACGACUUCACCAAACCAGAUGGCACUCUGGUAGGCAACGUCAACGACUUUGGCAACAGCUGGCAGACAAAAGAAGACGAGGAUGACUCGUGUAGCCAAGGCACCAGGCCCGACCCAGACUGUGACCCCAAGCUGGAGGCCGAGGUGGUGAAGCCAGACAAAUGUGGCAAACUCAAAGACCCUGCUGGACCCUUCAGGGAGUGUAUCGGUGUGGUGAAUCCCACUCCGUUCUUCCAGAGCUGUGUGUAUGACAUGUGCCAGUUCCAAGGCCAGCAGCAUGUGCUGUGUGACCAGCUCCAGGCCUACACCGAUGCCUGCCAGAGCGCUGGAGCCAAAGUCUACCCCUGGAGGACUCCAAGCUUCUGUCCCCUGGCCUGUCCUCCCAACAGCUCCUACUCCCUGUGUGUGAGUUCAUGUCCAGAGACGUGUCUGGGUGUGUCUGGACCCCCUGGCUGUGAGAACGUGUGUGUGGAGGGUUGCGAGUGUAAUCCGGGCUUCAUCCUCAGCAACGACAAGUGUGUGUCCCUGAAAGACUGCGGCUGCGUAGACCCCAGUGGAUCCUAUCACCCUGUGGAUGAUAACUGGUACCUGGAGGGUUGUGAGCAGAAGUGUGUGUGUCAAAGCGGUGGUUUGAUCCAGUGUCACAACAGCAGCUGUAAGCCAACCACUGAGAGCUGCCAGCUAAACGACGGAGAAUAUGACUGUCGUCCUCUGGGAAAUGGUAUCUGCUCAGUAUCCGGCGAUCCCCACUACACCACCUUUGACAAACACACCCACCAUUAUAUGGGAGCGUGCUCCUACACCCUGUCCAAACCCUGCAACGCCUCCUCCGGCAUGCCCUACUUCACCGUGGACACCCAGAACGAGCACAGAGGGAGCAAUAAGAAGAUUUCCUAUGUGAGGGCCGUGGUGAUCAAUGUGAGCGGUGUGACGGUCAUCCUGGGCAAGGGUCGCACAGUCCAGGUCAAUGGGACGGUGGUUGUUCCCCCCGUCACCUCCAUUGAUGGAGUAAAGAUCUACCUGAGCGGCACGUUUGUUGUCCUGGAGACAUCCUUUGGCCUAAGGGUGCGUUUUGAUGGCAACCACCACGCUGACGUCACCGUGCCGACCUCCUACAAUGGCCUGCUCUGUGGCAUGUGUGGAAAUUUUAAUGGAAACUCCAAAGAUGACAACUUGAAACCAGACAAUAAACCAGCCGCUAACACCAACGAACUGGGAGACAGCUGGCAGGUUCCUGACCCCCGGCCCGACUGCACCAACGGGGGAGGGGUGGACGACUGUGACAAAACGGUGGAGGAGGAGGCCAAGAAGCCCACCAGCUGCGGCAUGAUCACUGAUCCCAAUGGUAUCUUUAAGCCGUGCCACACGGUCGUGCCUCCCGAGCCGUACUUUGGAAACUGUGUGUACGACAUGUGUGCCACCGGCGGUCAGACCGUGGCUUUGUGCCAGGCCGUACAGAGCUACGCCGACAUGUGUGCUGCUGCUGGAGUCCCCAUCGCAUGGAGAAACAACACCUUCUGUCCCAUGCCCUGCCCACCCAAAAGCCACUACUCUGACUGCACCGCCCCCUGCCCCCCCACCUGCUCCGACCUCUUCCCCAUCUUCUGCCACCUCCCCCCGACCACCUGUGUGGAGGGCUGCCAGUGUGAUGCCGGCUUCGUCCUCAGUGACAACGUGUGCGUUCCUCUGGACAAAUGUGGCUGUGUGGACUUAGAUGGAGAGUACCAUGAUGUGGGAGACUCGUGGUUGACAACUAGAUGUACUGACAGGUGUACCUGUAACCUUGGCGGCAAAAUCCUGUGUGAGAAACACACCUGUAACUCCAACUCAGUGUGUGACCUGGACAAGAAUGGAGACCUGACCUGCAAACCCACCAAGUUUGACAAGUGCAGCAUCCAAGGGGAUCCUCACCACCGGACAUUUGAUGGGUUCACCCAUCACUUCCAGGGCGCCUACACCUACGUCCUGACCCAGGGUCACAACCUGCAGAACUCCCUCUCGCCCCUGGUGGUGAGGGGGAAGAACAUCAGGCGCGGGGGAAACAAGAAAAUCUCCUUUCUGGAUCAGAUGUACAUCGACGUUUACGGUUUCAACGUUCGCUUCUUACAGAAGAAGCAAGUCCUGGUGAAUGGGGAGCGUGUGUCCCCCCCUCUCAGUCCAGUUGCCGGUUUGACCAUCACGAUGAACUCCAGGCAGGUCCAGCUCACCACUGACUUUGGACUCACGGUUCGCUUUGACGGCAACUACCGCGGAGAAAUCAUACUGCCCAGCACCUAUAAGAACUCUGUCAGAGGGCUGUGCGGAAACUAUGACGGCGUCACCAGAAACGAGUACAUGAAGCCGGACGGAACGAUGGUCCGGGACCUGAACACGUUCGGAGAAAGCUGGAGGGUCAGUGAUCGGCAGGCGGGCGGACUGAGAACCUCCGACCUUCCUCACACAGUCCACAGGCGCGAGGCGGAGACUGAUCUGGAUUCAGGAUUUGAGACAUCGGACUGCUCCCAGUUUCAGCUCAAUAAUUACCUCAGUGUGACUCAGUGUGGAGCGCUGUCUUACUCCGAGGGGCCGUUUGCUGCCUGCCACGCAGACCUGGAACCUCAAACCUACCAGGAUGACUGUGUGUUUGACCUGUGUGCUGAGGAGGGCAGUGAAGUGCUGCGUUGUGCCAGUUAUGAAGCGUACGCUGCAGCAUGUCAGGAGGCCGGACUCAGACUGGGCCCCUGGAGGCAGCAGCUGGGCUGUGUCCUGUCCUGUAACGCCAACAGCACCUACUCCUCCUGCAUGUCCCCCUGCCCCGCCUCCUGCGCGGACCUGGCAGCACCCUCCGAGUGUGACAUCACUUCCUGCAUGGAGGGCUGCCAGUGUGCCGCCGGCUUCGUCAUGAGCGAGGGAAGCUGUGUGCCGUACACGCAGUGUGGCUGCAACUUCCUCAACAGAUACUACACUCUGAAUGAGAAGUUUGUGACCGAUGACUGUUCCCAGGCCUGUGAGUGCACCAGCCUGGGCUCUGUGUGCCAGCCCAAGUCCUGCCAGAGUGGAGACGUCUGCACCAUCUAUAACUUUAAACGGGACUGCUACAGAGCGAGUCCCUGCCUCAGCUACCCCUGUCAGAACGGAGGAACAUGUCAGGAGGCCAGCAACAGCACAUACACCUGUCAGUGUGCAGAGGGCUUCGAGGGCUCAAACUGCGAGGUGGCAAUAACGCCAAGCAAAGGACUGGACCCCAAGUGGAUCAUCGUGAUUGCUGUCCUGGCUGCUGUCGCCGUCGUCGCCAUCGUGACCGCCAUCGUGUGCGUUUGCAGACAGAAAUCCAAGUCACAAGUUUAUGUAAUUGAGAAGCAGCAGUCAUCUCACAGUGGGAAAAACAUGCUCAAGGGGAAGAAGAUCAGCCUGACAUCAACAAGCAUCCCGUAUAGAAACAUAGAUGACCAAAGGAAUGAUAAAGUGACUCCUAUGUGAGGACAAAGUAUGUAACCUGAAUGUAACAAACGCCUGCUGUAGGAGGACAACAUUAACAAUAUGUUGCUAAGAAUAUUCAGCCGGCCUCCAAAGAAUAAAACUCAGAGAUGAAGGAAGUCUUGUGAGAGUUGUGAAUAUUAUAGAUAUUGUUCAUAGGCCAAUGUUUCGCUUCCUUAACUUAUGCUUUUGAAGAUGUAAUUUUAGUCAGAUGUGUGCGUUUAAUUAACAGAAGUGGAAAUCGCUCUGUGUGCCUUUUUAAGCGUCUAUGUAUUUUUGGAAUGAAAUGCGUGCAAAAAAAGUGUUUGUUAAAACGUUAAACAGUGUUUUGAAUUAUUACAGAUUACAGAGAUUUUUACCAUUCCCAUACACCUAUGUAUCAAUCUAUUUAUUUAGUUUAGAUUAAUCACAUACAUUUUCAUCUUUAAUUUGCAUCCAUCAAAUAUUUUGGAUCACAGAAAAUGUCGCAGAACAUCUCCAUCUCGCCUUUCAUCCAAUACUCUGAAGUGCAGUAAAAAUAAAUUCUCAUUCCACCAUU